AUGAUCAAGAUUCUUCUUCCUGGUCGCACGCAGAUUUCGCAAACCAUUAUUGAGGACGGACAUCUGGACAGAUCGCACGGAACGCUGUCAAAGGAGCAGAUUGCUUGGGUUCAAGACAAUAUGUCGUGUAUUGCACUUUCGCUCCAACUUGAGCUCCCUGUGCGCGUCUGCUGGUUUAGUCAGCAGACAGAGACUGACGACGAGAAAAAUCAGAAUCCACGUGAACUUGUAGAAAAUUUACACUUGGGCUUGUGA